CGGCUCCCUCUCCCCUCCUCUGCACCUGCUCCUCCCCUCCUGCCUUGCUUAUUAUCCUCAGACUCCGAGCUGCGCUCCGUCCUCGCCAAGUGAUGCUACUCGGCGGCGCACAUCCCUGCUUCGUCGAUGCAGAGAGGACCGCCAAGGUUUGUUUUCUUCGGAGGAAAAACGCGCACUGAGCGGCCGAACAUGGGAAUCUAUUAGCGGGGUUAUGAGAGAGUGAGCCGGAGGAAGGAAGGAAGGAAGGACGACAAGGAGGCGCAGAGGUCCCAUCAGAGAGCGGUGAAAGACUUGGAGGAACAGGGGGAGGAGGGAGGACUCCCUGGACGCAGGAUGGUUUAUCAGCCUCAAACAGUUUGAUCAGGAUUUUUGCGUUUGUGCGUUUGGGGUUAAAUACUCGAAAGGGCAGAUCGGAGUUACCUGGAUCCAUAUCUGUUUGUGAUGGAGUGAGAAAAAGAGCUCAUUGUAAGUUCGGAUCCGCCAUGAAAUCAGUGUUUUUCAGUCGUUUCUUUAUUCUCUUGCCCUGGGUCCUUAUUGUCAUCAUAAUGAUCGACAUCGACAGUAAGAGGGCGAUCCGGGCUCCGGUGCCUGGGCGCACGGGCAAGGCGCAGCGGAUCCCCCGGGGUGGCUCAAUUGGAGCCAGUGGAGCCCAGAACCAGUCAUCUCUCCCCAUCAUCUACGCAAUCACCCCCACCUACAGCCGGCCGGUGCAGAAAGCGGAGCUGACCCGGCUGGCCCACGCGUUCCGCCAAGUGCCCCGGCUUCACUGGAUCGUUGUGGAGGACUCGACCUCGCGCACCGACCUGGUGACGCGCUUUCUGGCCCGUUGCGGAGUGACAUACACACACCUGCACGUGUUCACUCCCCGCAGGUUCAAGCGCACCGGGAUGCCACGCGCCACCGAGCAGAGGAACGCGGCUCUCGCGUGGCUCCGGCAGCACAGGAGCAGGAGGGACUCCGGGGUGGUUUUCUUCGCGGAUGACGACAACACGUACAGCCUGGAGCUGUUCGAGGAG